AAACAUCUCGCACGUGCCUAAAAGCGGCGUGGUACAUGUUUUAUAAGUGUUUUAUUAUAAAAUAUUGGCGAAAAAAUGGUUGCCAACAAACGAAACACUAUUAAACGAAAAGCAUCGGACAAAGAGACAGAGGAAACAAAUGCCCCACAGCAGGAAUUGGAAGAAACCGGCGGCGACCAUAGCGAAGCGAGCGACUAUGAAUCGGAUAAGGAAAACCUUCUCGGAAACAUCGAUAACGAUGCAGACAGCAGCGAUUCGGAGGGCGACGAGGAGUACGUCUCGGACGAUGAAGAAGCAUUGAGCUUCGAGAGUGCCGAUUCCGACUUCGACGAAGCUGAGAUCAAAGACGUGGAGAAAGCCGCUACCGCAGACGGCGAUGAAUCGGAAGAGGACGACGAUGAUUCGGCCGCUGACGUGAACAGCGACAGUUCCCCGGAGGAGGACAACGGAGAUGAAAGCAGCGAAUUCGAAGAAGAUGUCCCGGAGGAAGAAGAGAAGAAAGAGACAAAGUUGGACAGUGUUAAGAAAGCCGUCACAAAGAAUGAAGCCAAAGGAGAGGUUGCUGAAGCAGAUGUCGAUGAUUCCGACAAGGAUGCUAAACUAGAUGAUGCCGAUGAUGAUGCCGAUGACGAUGACGAUGACGAUGACGAUAUACCGAAACUGAAAAAGAUUGAGUCGGUGCUAAAGAAACAUGCUGUAAAGAAAGUACGCGGUGUUGGCAUUUUCCCUCCCAUGCCAGAGGUAAAGAAGGGUAAACCACUGGAUGAGUAUGCCGACGGUGACACGUCGGACGAGGAGGACAUCCGCAACACGGUCGGUAACAUACCGAUGCACUGGUACACCGAUUACAAGCACAUCGGGUACGAUUGGGAUGCGAAGAAGAUCGUCAAGGCGAAGCAGGGCGAUGCUAUCGACGAGUUCCUGAAGCGCAUGGAAGAUCCGGACUUUGGGCGCACGGUAAAGGAUCCGCAGACGGGCCAGAACGUGGUCCUGUCCGAGGAGGACGUGGCGCUCAUCAAGCGCAUCAUGGCCGGCCAAAAUCCGGACGCCGAGUACGACGAUUACGGGAAGUGGAUCGAAUGGUUCUCGUCGGAGGUGGAACAGAUGCCCAUUCGGAACAUUCCCGAUAGCAAGCAGUCAUUCCUGCCGAGCAAGGCAGAAAGGCAACGUAUCGGCAAGUAUGUGCACGCCCUGAAGAUGGGCUGGAUGAAGACGAAGGCCGAAAAGCGUCGGCUGGCGGCGAACAGCAAGGGACCGAAGUUCUACAUGCUCUGGGAAACCGACCAUGGGCAGGAGGAGAUGCGCCGUAUUCACGAUCACGUUGUGGCACCGAAACGGCCACUGCCACAUCACGCCGAAUCGUACAACCCGCCGCCGGAGUAUCUGUUCAACGCGCAAGAGAUGGAGCAGUGGAAGCGCUACGAGGACGAACCGUGGAAGAGGAAGCUGCACUUUAUCCCGCAAAAGUUCAACAGUUUGCGUGAGGUUCCGGCGUACAGUAAUUACAUCAAGGAGCGUUUCAUUCGCUGCCUCGAUCUGUACCUUUGCCCGCGUGGCAAGCGGACGCGUGUCACGGUCGGACCGGAGUAUUUGGUCCCGAAGCUUCCAUCGCCGCGCGAGCUGCAACCGUUCCCGACGCUGCAGAACCUAAUCUACAAGGGCCACACGGAUAUGAUUCGCACUAUGAGCGUGGAACCGUUGGGCGAAUAUAUUGUGACCGGAUCAGAUGAUCACACUGUCAAAAUUUGGGAAAUUUCCACCGCACGUUGCAUCCGCACGAUCCCAACCGGGGACAUUGUACGCUCGGUUGCCUGGUGUCCGAACAGCAAAAUAUCGCUGAUGGCGGUCGCGACCGGUAAGCGUGUCCUGCUCAUCAAUCCGAAGGUGGGCGAUCAUUUGCUGGUGAAGAAAACGGACGAUCUGCUGGCGGAGGCACCGCGGUCCGACACGGUCGAUAACGAGCGCAUCCAAACGGCCGUCCAGUGGGGUGAGGUGACGGAGGAAGAACGGAAGGCGGGCGUCCGGGUGGUGAUAACACACUUCCGCGAGGUGAAGCAGGUGACAUGGCACGGACGGGGUGACUACUUUGCCAGCGUUAUGCCCGACGCGGCCAACCGGUCCGUGCUGAUCCAUCAACUUUCGAAGCGUCGCUCACAGCUGCCGUUCUCGAAAAGCAAAGGGCUGGUCCAGUGCGUCCUGUUCCAUCCGGUUAAACCGUGUCUCUUCGUGGCGACACAACGGCACGUGCGCGUGUACGACCUGGUCCGGCAGGAGCUGCUGAAGAAGCUGUACCCGGGCUGCAAGUGGAUCUCCAGCAUGGCGGUCCAUCCGAAGGGUGACAAUCUGGUGGUCGGCACGUACGAGAAGAAGCUGAUGUGGUUCGACCUGGACCUCUCGACCAAACCGUACCAGCAGCUGCGUCUUCACAAUUCGGCCGUGCGAAAUGUGGCGUUCCAUCAGCGCUAUCCACUGUUUGCCUCGGCGAGCGAUGAUCGAAGCGUGAUCGUGUGUCACGGCAUGGUGUACAAUGAUCUACUACAAAAUCCCCUUAUUGUGCCGCUGCGACGACUGGAGCAGCAUAGCCGCGUGAACGAUUUCGCCGUGUUCGAUGUCGUGUUUCAUCCAACUCAACCGUGGGUAUUCUCGUCCGGAGCGGACAGUACGGUCCGUCUUUUCACGUAAACUCGGGACGUCCGAGCACCGUGAUGUGUUUAGGUUGAUCGAGCGUUUCUUGCAUAACUUCUACAAUCAAACAUAUGCACCAGCCUCCUAGGUUAUUUUGAUUUAUUAAUACAAUGAAUAAAACAGAAAUGCGGAG